AUGCAGGUGGGCGACCUGGAAGGAUCCCCAAUCUUCAAAAUCAACAAGGUCGCAUUCUACUCUCUCCUAAACUCACGCUACGACGACCACCCCUCCAACCAACUCGUCCUAAUCCCCUCCAACAAUCCUGACCAACAAGAGCCACCAACAGCAUUCGCACACCCAUGUUCCGCCCUAAUGAAACUCCUCUCAACCGGCUCAUUCUACUUUUCGCCCACAUACGACCUCACCCGUGCAGCCCAGAAACGCUACACGAGCGGCACGAAAAAGGACUCACAAGACCCGUUCGCGUCCCCGAUAUCAUUCGAUGAUAAGCCAUGGAGUAAUUUAUUCGAGAAUGCUGAUUCUCAUUUCGUGUGGAAUCGACAUAUGCUGAGUCCGCUGUUGACAGUCAGGGAGCAGGAGCUGAGUAUGGAUGAGAAGGUGGAGGUGGACAAGGGCGGGUGUCUGGUACAGAUCAUGCAGGGGUUUGUGGGGAUGGUGGAUUAUAGACAGGGAAGUUUUAUGGCUAGGAUGGCUAUUAUUAGUCGGUUGAGUUGUAAGAAGGCGGGCACGAGGUUUAAUGCGAGGGGUUUGAAUGAUGAUGGACAUGUGUCGAAUUUCGUUGAGAGCGAGUUCUUGUUUUACACCAAGUAUUACGUGCUGUCGUUUCUGCAAAUCCGUGGAAGUGUACCCGUAUUUUGGGAGCAGAUUGGAGUUCAACUACAAACUAAAAUCGAUAUCGCCAGAGGUCCUGAAUCUACUGCUCCAGCAGUGAGAAAGCACUUCUUGGAACUACAAGAACGAUACGAUAAGGUCCAUAUCAUAGAUCUGCUAUCUCAGAAUCCAUCAUCGGCUGAAAUCGGAUUAGGAGAAGCAUACCGGUAUCAUAUACGAGCGCUCACGGACCAAAAGAUGUAUAUACCGUAUACGCCAUUUGAUUUCCAUGCGGUUGUUAAGCAGGGUGAUUAUGAUCGAUUGAGCAUCCUACUCCAAAAACCAGAUAUCCGAGCAUCACUAGAUGACUUCUCCUACUUUCUUGCUGACACGCAAAGUGGGAAUCCAGUCGCACAACAAAAUGGAGUUAUGAGGAUUAAUUGUUUGGAUUGUUUGGAUCGGACUAAUGUUAUUGAAUGUCUCCUCGCACGCUACAUUAUCGAAAAGCACGUCGCAUCCACUGAUACAUCUGGGUUUAAUCCAUCUGAAGAUGUCACGUUUGUGGAUUUGUAUAAUAAUCUAUGGGCUGAUAAUGCAGACAUGCUGAGUAAGAUAUAUACCGGAACAGGUGCCAUCAAAUCAGCAUAUACUCGGAAGGGCAAACAGACCUUGAUGGGAUUCGUCACUGACGCAGCCAAGUCUGUAAAUCGGUUUUACAUUAAUAAUUUUCAGGAUAAGGGCAGACAAGAAGCAAUUGAUCUUCUGCUCGGCAAAACAACACUCCAAUCUGACCCGAUACUUCUACGAAAUCCACUAUACGAAGAAGUCGCUGCCGAGAUGGAGAAGCGGUCGAACGAGUAUUCGUCAAAGAAUAAGAUUAAUGUUGUGGUUGGCACAUUCAAUGUGAAUGGCAAGGGUGGUGAAGGUGAUCGGUUGGAACGGUGGCUGGUGUCCGAGCGUGCAAAAUCACCUGACAUGUACGUCCUUGGAAUCCAAGAAAUGAUUGAACUCACAGCAAACCAAAUGAUUACCGCCGACACAGCAGCGCUCCGCCAACGAUGGGACGCUACGCUCCUAGACGCCAUCAACAAGACAUCACGUGUCCCGUAUGUCUUGCUGAGAUCGCUGCAUCUCGUGGCGUUAGGCAUAUUCAUAUUUGUUAGGCCUGAACAUGCUGAACGGAUACGCAACGUGGAAGUGUCGAUGAAGAGGACGGGGAUGGGUGGUAUGGCUGGUAAUAAAGGUGGAGUUAGUGUGUCGUUGAAUUUUAAUGAUACGAGCAUGUGCUUUGUGUCGGCGCAUUUGGCUGCUGGCGAGAAAAACGUAGAUGAGAGGAAUCGAGAUUAUAGGACUAUUACUGAUGGCCUUGAUUUUAGAGGGAAGCUGGUUAAGGAUCAUGAUUUGGUAUUCUGGCUGGGCGACUUCAACUACCGAAUCAAUCUAACGAACGAGGAAGUACGAGAUUACGUGAAUCGGAAUCAGUUGGAUCAUUUAUACUUGUAUGACCAGUUACAUGAGAUGCGUAAAGAUGGAGCUGCUUUUGAAGGAUUCCACGAAGGUCCUAUAAGGUUUAAACCCACGUACAAGUACGAUAAUGGCACCGAUACGUAUGAUUCUGGCGAGAAGGCCAGAGCCCCUGCUUGGACGGAUCGUGUGUUGUGGAGGGGGCGUGGUAUCAACCUGCUAGAGUAUGAUCGAGCAGAACUAUACUCAUCAGACCACCGACCAGUCCGUGGUGCCUUUGAAGUAGAAUGUCUUGUAAUCGACCGCCCGAAACGAGAAAAGAUACGGUCUGACCUCUACAAGGCUCGCGCUGGCACCAGCAAGAACAUCUCUAUCAAAGAUAGUAAACCUGCACCUGCUCUCCCACCAAGAAGAGACAACAAACUCCCUAGCAAUAGCAGUAAUCCAAACAUGUUCCCGACCUCGAAUGGCGGCGUAGUCCUCAAAACGCCACCGAUACCGCCACCAUCACGUAAAGCCAAUGACUAUCCUACUGUGCCGGCAACGUAUGCUAGAGAGGAUUUAGGUCGUAAACCAACUGAAGCUAAACCAGUUGCUAGUAAUGUUGGUAGUAAUGCUAGUUUGGCUAGUACAACGAGUGCAGCAACAACGAUAUCGUAUCCGCCAGUGCAGUCGAGUUUUGCGCGGGAGGAUUUGAGGACGAAUGUGACUGCUGCUACAGUCAAGACUCCACCGCAACCGCCGCCACCCAGGUUGCCUAAUCGUGGUCCUGCUGCUACGGAAAAGGCAGUGACGAGUGAUGCAGGUGCAUUGCCUGCUCCGUCGACGGCAAAUGCUAAUUGGUGGGAUAAAUAG